AUGUCGACUUUUGGUCAGUACUUCAAAGUCACCACCUAUGGAGAGUCACAUUGUCGGUCUGUCGGCUGCAUUGUCGACGGCUGCCCGCCGGGCAUGGAGCUCACCGAGAGUGAUAUUCAGCCUCAGAUGACGCGACGACGGCCAGGACAGAGCGCCAUCACGACGCCCAGAGACGAGAAGGACAAGGUUGAGAUACAAUCUGGCACAGAGUUUGGAAUCACGCUGGGCACGCCAAUCGGGAUGCGCGUGAUGAAUGAGAAUCAAAGGCCAAAAGAUUAUGGCAACAAGACAAUGGAUCUCUACCCAAGACCAAGCCAUGCAGACUGGACAUACUUGGAGAAAUACGGCGUAAAGGCAAGCAGCGGUGGUGGUAGAAGUAGUGCACGCGAAACCAUUGGAAGAGUCGCAGCUGGCGCAAUUGCUGAAAAGUACCUGCGGAUUGCGCACGGUGUCGAGAUUGUGGCCUUUGUGUCUUCGAUCGGUGAGGAGUUCCUGUUUCCUCCUUCGAAUGAAUUCUCACUCCCAAACUCGCCCCGAAACCCGGAGUUUUUGAAGUUGUUGGAUAGCAUCACGAGGGAGAAGGUUGACUCGUUUCUGCCUGUCCGUUGUCCCGACGCCGACGCAUCGAGUCGCAUGGAACAGCUCAUCACAGAUUUCAAGGAAAGAGAAGACAGCAUUGGCGGUACGGUGACUUGCGUGAUCCGCAAUGCACCUUCAGGUCUCGGAGAGCCGUGUUUCGACAAGCUCGAGGCACUGCUAGCGCAUGCGAUGCUGAGCAUACCGGCGACCAAGGGGUUUGAGAUAGGGUCUGGAUUCGGAGGCUGUCAGAUGCCUGGAUCGAUGCACAACGAUCCGUUCAUCAAGGCAGCUGCAGUCAAACCAUCGGGCCAGUACUCGCAGACGGCACGCCCCCGCCUGACCACCAAGACGAACAACUCAGGCGGCAUACAAGGGGGCAUCUCCAACGGGGCGCCGAUCUUCUUCACGGUCGCGUUCAAGCCACCGGCGACGAUUGGCCAGGCGCAGCAGACGAUGACAUAUGCAGAGGAGGAGGGCGUGCUUGAGGCGAAAGGGCGCCAUGACCCCUGCGUCGUCCCACGGGCGAUCCCGAUUGUCGAGGCGAUGGCAGCUCUUGUCAUGGCCGACACGGCGCUUGCCCAGCAUGCUCGAUCAUCGGCGCGAAGCUUGUUGCCUGCCUUGAAGGAGACGAUUCCAGUGGAGGAGACGAGAUCUGUGUAG